UGUUUUAGUUGUAUUAUAUGUAUUGAUGUUAAAACAACAUCGGGUGUAGUGAGGGGUCGGACACUACAUGUGCUCAACAAAACUGUUGACCAGUUUGUGAAUAUACCAUACGCUGAGCCCCCGAUCGGAAACCUACGGUUCGCACCGCCUGUGCCUCUCAAACAACCUAUAAAUUAUGUUAUCAAUGAUACAAAACGUGGUAAGUCUUGCAUACAAGUGAAGGGAAGAACAGCCGUAAGUGAAGACUGUUUGGUAUUAAACAUAUGGACACCAAAUGCGGGCAAUAAUAACACAAACAAAUCACAGCUCAAACCCGUUAUGUUUUGGAUACAUGGAGGGGCUCUUUUAUAUGGGUCAAUAAAUAUGUAUAAUGGUAGUUUUCUGGCAACACAUGAUGUAAUUUUUGUUGCCGCUAAUUACCGAUUAGGACAGUUGGGCUUUCUAUACGGGGAUCGGGAGGACGCGCCCGGAAAUGUCGGCUUUUAUGACCAGUUAUUGGCUCUCAAAUGGGUUAGAGAAAAUAUCCAUUCGUUUGGCGGAGAUAGGGAUGAGAUCACGAUAUUGGGUGAGAGCGCCGGGAGUUGGUCGGUGUCCGCACACAUACUCUCCCCGCUAUCCAAAGGCCUAUUCAAGAGGGCUAUUAUGCAGAGCGGGUCCGUUAUGUUUGGCAAAGGGAUGGAAGCAAUCACUAAAUCUAAAGCACUAGUUAUGGCCAACAAUACUGCCAAACAUUUGAAUUGUAGUGAAUCUGAAGAUUGGUUGAAAUGUUUGAAAGGUGUGGACGCACUUGAGUUUCCCAAAUUUCAACCCAAAGUUAUGCUUCCAGUGAUUGAUAAAAGUUUUGCACUUAUUUCCGCUCAAAAAGCAUUUGAAAGCAAACAAUUU